GAGGAGGAGGAAGAAGAAACGGGAAGAAAGUAGGAAAAGGAGCAGGAGAAGAAGAAGUGGCUUAAAAAAAAAAACAACACGGACACUUGGCUGUCUGUUAACAAACAAGGUUACACAAUUAUAUGAGAGCAGCAGGUGUAAGAUAACAACCUGAUGCAUGAUGUGAGGUGUGUAAAAACCUUUUGACACCUGGAAGUGGCUGUUGAUAUGGUGGACCUGAGACUGACCCUCAGGAGCCCCCAGUCUCACUUUUAUAAUGAGAGCCUGGGGAAAAUGUUGCCCCAGAUUAUGGAUCUAGGAUAUCAUCUUCCAUGAGAUUCCAAUUUCACAGCGCUUCAAUCAAACAGCUGUAAACAACAUGGAGAGAGAAGCAGCUGAGAAGGAAAUGGAUUGGGUUACUGACGCUGAUGAGGACAUCCCUGAUAGUGAGUCCACCUUAGUGACCGAGUCUAGUCAGUGGGAGGCCAGACCCACUGAUGAUGAAUGUGAGCAGGACAAAACAGCCAAAUCUCAGGACACCCCAAAUCCAGCCACUCCACAAGCCUCUGGUGCUGGCGAAGCAGAGUAUUGUGGAUCUACAGAGGCCAAAGAGGAUACUGAGGAGGCUUCAGAUGGGUUUGAGCAUGAUGACACUGCAGAUCAUGAGAACUCGCAUGUUAUAAAUCAAGAAGAGGAUGAAGCUGCGAAGGAGCAGCACAUGAACGGGGAGUCUGGUUGGAGGAACGUGGGACCUGGGCGGAGAUGCAGAUUCAGGAGCAGUGGGUCAGUUUCAGAGCAGAGCAGUCAAAGUGCUUUUUCCUCCCUUCAAAAAGGCAAUGUUAUGUCAAGUGGUGGUCGGCACAAGCAGACCCGCCGACGUAACCACCACCACCAUCAGCAGAACCGAGGCCGCAGGCGGACAGGCAACCAGCUCGUCCUAGCUUUUAAGGAGAUGCUGUCAGAGUCUCUGAGCUUCUGGUGCAUCUCCUGCGUCCACAUGAUGAUUGAGAUUAUUGUCACAUUGACUCACAAUUGUGGAGUUGGUGUGGAGGCUGGAGGGGUGAAACUUUACAACUUUGGGCAGCAGCUCCUUGUGAAGAUCACAGAUACAGCAGGAAUGAAGGCAGAUGCUAGUCGGAUUCUGAAAUGGACGAAAUGCACAGGAACAGACCUGGUGGAUAAAAUUGUUCGGUUAAUAAAGUGGGUGAAGACAGCUGCCUUAUCUUUUUUGAGACUUUUCUGUGCUUUGGUUAUUCUCGGUUCCCAGUGGGCAAAGGGUGCAUUGGUUCGCCUUGGAGGAGAGAAGGGAAAACGCUAUUGGACAACUUUUCAGGAGUCAAGGUUUUGGAAGAGGGUGGUGUCCCUGCUGGAGACAGUCCGAAGCAGGUUCAGGAGGCAUGGCCACGUACCACCGUCCAGCCCUGACUCUCCCGGCAGGGCAGGGAGAAGCCAGCCAGGCCAGGAGCUGGAGAGACUGCUGGCCUUGGCUGAGGUACCAGAGGACGAGCUCGACCCCUUUACAGUGCUGGGUGUGGAGGUGCAUGCCACUGAGGCUGAACUGAAGAAGGCCUACAGACAGCUGGCUGUCCAGGUCCAUCCAGACAAAAAUAAACACCCCCGAGCUGGAGAGGCGUUCAAAGUACUGAGGGCUGCCUGGGAUAUUGUCAGUAACCCAGAGACACGACGGGAGUACGAGUUGAAGCGUAUGGCAGCAACCGAGCUCUCAAAGUCCAUGAACGAGUUUCUGACUAAACUGCAGGAUGACCUGAAGGAAGCCAUGAACACCAUGAUGUGUACCAAGUGUGAAGGCAAACACAAGCGGUUCGAGAUGGAUCGUGAACCUGCUGAGGCCCGGUUCUGUGCCGAGUGCAACCGUUGCCAUAGUGCUGAGGAGGGGGACCUGUGGGCUGAGUCUAGCAUGUUGGGCCUACGUAUCACAUACUUUGCAUGUAUGGAUGGCAAAGUGUAUGAUAUUACAGAGUGGGCAGGUUGCCAAAGAAUCGGCAUUUCUCCUGACACGCACCGUGUGCCCUAUCACAUCUCAUUUGGUUCAAAGAACAACAGCAACUCCACACGACACAGGACACCCUCAGAGCACGCCCCAAGUCCGACCAACCCUGCAGAUUUGCAGGACUUCUUCAAUCGCAUCUUCAAGGGAGGACCACCUAACGACAUGGCUGCCAAUGGGGGAUUCUUCCCCUCAGGUCCCCCCCAUCAGCAACCCCCUGGUGCUGGAGCGCCCCCGUUCUCCCCUCCCCCGAGCCAGACAGGUUUCUACAUGCCGGGGGGUCAGCGGCCAGAGUCCAGUGAGACAUGGGCUGAAAGUGGCAAACCCCCCAGAAGGAGGAAGAAGGUCCGCAAACCCUUCCAGAGGUGAAGUCCGUUGACCUCUCAGUGUAUCAACAUAGCAACACAGGGACACAAUAAAUAACGGCCAUGUUUGUCUCUCGGCUCCCUGUCGGCCCGCCAAGAUCUGAACUCGAGAUAAUUCAUGUGGUUAAGGUCAGAUGAGCCAGAGGUGGAUCAUUAAGAGGAGCCUGUUGACUAAACAAGUAUUGAAGGAGGGUUGAAGAGGUGACGGUGCUUUACCUCUCAUUUCACCUUAUUGUUCUGUUGGUCUUCAAGACGACUGUAGCCUUGGCAUUGAAAUCCUUAUUGGGGUGCUGUAAUGAAACGUUUUCCUUUCAUAAUUUCCUGCCAAAUCCCGCAAAGCAUGAUUUAUUCACCUGUAUUUUAACACUUUGUUUUUGUUUUUUUCACUUUUGUUUUUAAUGUUUUGUAUAAGGAAAGUUUAAGACGUUGGUUCCAGACAGAGUGACACUUGAAGAGAGAGGAUCACGAUAAUUAACACGAAGAAGAUAAUGAUCUGGGCGACUUCACUGUGUCAGUGUUUACUCAUGUUAGAUCUGCACCUCGUCCACCAUAUUUCAAGAAUGAUUUGAAUCCAGUUAAACUCAACACAUCUGAACCGAAUCAAAAAGAAGAGAAAGUUGUCAACACGUAUGCAGUAGUGCGCUAGAAGUGCACUAAAAGUUCAGAGAGAGUUGGCCAUUUGUGCAGAAUUAGUUAAGCUAAAAUAGAUGCUGAUAUUUGUAUGGCGGUUAUCAGAGAAUCACAUCCUGCAUUUGUUCACCUCUGUUUUCAAAAGCCACUGAGCCAGAGAGGACACGGUCAAGAUGUAAAAUCUGGACCAGAAUAAGUGAAAACGAUGAAAGAGUGUUUUUGUUCUGAGAUAAACAGUUUCAAACAUGCUAAAUCUACCUGCUGUUAGUUUCAGCUCCAGAUUGAUGUUAUUAUUAGGGUUUAAAAUCUAACAGCAGGAAUGAGUUAUGUUUCUGUAAUACUGAACCCCAGCUCAACUGCUUUGAUAAAAAACUUUAAAACUGACGUGUUGACAUUUUGAAAUAUUGAUAUUUUUCUUCGCCAAGGAGGAAUUGCUGUUUUCAUGUCCACAUACAAUUGAUCUACAUUGCCCCCUGUUGAUUCACUGUGUAACCACACAACAUUAAAACGGUCACAGUUAAACUUAUUUACAAAGCUUAACAGCCAUUUGAGUCAUUUUAUAUCAUAAAGUGUGCUAAUUUACAUAUACUGAAGCAAGCCUGAUCUGCACGAAACUUCAAUGCUGUCAAAUCAACAUUACUUUAAUUUGUUCAUUACCGACUGAAAACGGCAUGCGUUUGCAAUAUGUUAGUUUGAUAUAGUUGAUUUACGUAGUCGUUCAUGCUGCUACUGAAAAGUAAACGUUCCAGUCAUCUAAAUUGAAACGCCAUUUUGAUCAGGGUCUCACUUGUUGAGUACCAUUUUAUGCCAGCAAAGAUGUUAAGCCAUGCCUUCUACAUCACUGAUCUGUCAUGACUGUCACCAAUUAAAGAAACAAAUCAUCGGACUCUUAAAGUUUGGCAGAUAAAAACUGGUGUAUUCUUCUGGUUAGUACUUCCACCUGGACGUGGUUCAGCUUUCAAAAUGUCAAAGUCACAGAAACUCUAAUUUAAAGCUAAAAGACUGAUUCCCAUGUGUUACUACUGUACAGUAUGUACCAUGAAGGGGUCAGAAAAAUGAUAAUUGGUUGUAUUUGGGGUUUUGUUUCUUGAUAUGCUUCUUGCAUAGAAAUCAUUAUGUUCAUAAGUUAAGAAAACAGCUGUUUACAGUGUGAGUGUAGUGAAAUGGCAAUGUGUGAUAAGGCAUUUGAUAAAGGCUAUUUUUUUAUAUUGACAGUUGAUGAAAAGUACCAUGUUCAAUGUUUUUUGUGUUAAUUUGCACACCCACAACUGUUAUAACAUCAGAGGGAUCUUGAACAGUCAUCGGUGAUUUAGCCUAACCAGACUCCUGCAGCGGCAGCUGUGUAGGAGGUGUAGCUCGCUAAGAUAACGGCUCAUUUGCAAUUAAGAUUAUUUUUUGGUAGAAUCUGAAUGUUAAAUGAGUGAGAAAAAUGUUAAAGAAAAAAAACCACAUUUAAUCAUCGUUCGUCACUCUGGGAAACCUAAGUAUCAGAACUAUCUUCUGGCAUUGUACUUCAUAAUGCAGGUUUGUCUGGUAGCUUGAAAAGAUGAACCUUUGGUGCAAAUGUUUGAGCUCAUUGAAGCAGGUCAUUAAGUUUGCCAUGUUUGUUUUUAUCUGUCAAAUAGCUUUUCUCUUGUAUGCAUUUGACCAGUCUCCCAGACAUGGUUUGAGUUGUCAACUAAAAGGGCCCUUUUAAAUGAAACCAACUCAAAAUGUAAAAAUAAUUCUGGAUUUAUUUUCAUUCUGGUGAAAAACCAGAUAGCAUUUGAUAGUAUAAAGGAAGGUUCGGACAGAACUAUGAGGCCUUAAAAUAUGUUGUUUUUUUUUCAAUUGGGCAGCAUUCAGAUCGUUACUGUGUGAUAAUCAGAAAACUAAAAUUGACUUUCAUCAAAUAUUUCAUUCACAAAU